AAAGCUUGCCAUCACCAGUCGGUAUCCGGCCGUCUGGCGAACUAUAUUCAUAAAUCCCUACGUUUACCUGGCAGGCCCGAAAUAUUUGUUUCAUCAUUUCUUUUCCUAUCUGGUUAUCUUCAGAAAUUCAAUUUCUCUGUCAAUAAAGUGUUCAUAAAAUGUUGUGGUCCAGCUUCAGCAACAAGCAUUUGUCAAGAAGUUGAUAAAAUUAUCAGUGGAUAGCAGUUUUUGUGUUGUAAAAAGCGUUCAGGGGCCACGCUUAGUCACUUAGUGAUCAGCCAACGAGGAACGAAGAAUUGUUACAGCCACACCAAUAUAGUUGGAUUUGCUUUCUAAUACAACAAUAGCAUCCUAACGAAAUGUCUGACUCUCAAGAUUCGCUGGUUAUUAUUGGAGGAAUCGAAGGUGGAGGUGGCCAUUCAGUUGCUGUGCUGUUUGACAGCAAAGGGAAAAAACUUAUUGAACUGCAGGGACCUUGCACAAACCAUUGGCUUAUUGGAAUGGAUGAAUGCCAAAAAAGGAUCCAUGCUAUGAUACAAGAAGGGAAAGAGAAAGUGGGAUUACCUCUAGACUUGCCCUUGAAGGCCUUGGGACUUUCUCUGAGUGGAUGUGAAGAUGAAGCGACAAAUGAAGAACUGAAACAAGGAUUUAUGAAAAAAUUUCCUUCUUUAAGUGCCAGUUAUUAUGUUUGUAGUGACACAGUGGGAUCCAUUGCCACUGCAAGUGAAAAUGGAGGUUUAGUGAUUAUUUCUGGAACUGGCUCAAAUUCUUUUCUCUUGAAUCCGGAUGGAUCGACAGCAAGAUGUGGAGGAUGGGGUUAUCUCUUGGGAGAUGAAGGAAGUGCUUUCUGGGUAGCGGAUCAGGCAAUAAAGAUUUACAUAGACGAAGAAGAUAACAGGCGUCCUCCUCCUCAUGACACUGCCGUCAUGAAAAAGGCAAUCUUGGAACAUUUCAACAUCGCCGAUAGAUUUGGAUUACUGGAGCACUGCUACACGAAAUUCAGCAAAGCCGUUUUCGCUGGGCUGUGUGCUAAACUCGCCAAUGGCGCUCACGCUGGCGAUCCUUUAUGUUGUCACAUUUUCCGUGAAGCUGGACGGUCUCUCGGAGAGUAUGUCGGCGCGUUACUUCCAUCGAUCAGCAAAGACCUUCUUGACGAGCCCAAUGGAUUACCUAUUAUUUGCGUUGGAGCCGUUUGGAAGAGUUUUAGUUUGAUGGAAGGAGGCUUUUUGGAGGGCGUGAAUACGCAGCCAGGCCCCAGAAAGAGUUCGCAUUCGCUUGAGCGUUUUACUUUGCUCCAGCUACAAACAUCUUUGGCUGUUGGAGCUGCCUACAUGGGCGCUAAAUUUGCCAAAAUUGAGUUUCCGCGUGACUAUAGCCUUAAUUCCAAAGUUUUCUUCUCAAAAACUAUAUAAGUAAUACAUUAUCAUCCUGUGUUUUGUGUGAGCACGCAUUUAUCAAGUAGUGAAGUCUAUUAAACUAGAAGACUAUAAAAUAUUACAGCUACAUUUUGUCCAAAAAUUUCGGUAGUAAUUGUCAUAGGACACUUGUAAGGGAGAGAAGGUUUAAAGGUUCAACUUGUCAGUUUAAUAUUGAAGCUGUAUUUCCAUUUUAUUUGUUGAUAAUUGAGAGUAAUAAAUUCACGUUUAUUUCA